UUAUCCCGCGCCCAAGCUCAGUUUUAAGGGAUGUGUAUCAGUGUACACAAGCUUUGAGCUGCUCUGUUCUGGUCAUGUUAUAGAGCAGAAUUUUAACAUUUAAUCUUCGUACUUUUGUUUUUUUUUUUUAAAAUAACAUUUUUAUACUUCAGUGCAUGAACGCUGCUCCAAUGACCUGAGGAAAUCUCAAGCUUAGUUACUAAAGCACCUGGAGGUCGGAAAUGCGGUUGUAGGUUUAUACAGAUCCCCUGCAUCUACUGAAUCGAGGGAGAUCAUGGCGAAAAAAAGAAAUCUCUCCAACAUGGUGAUUGCGUGUGAAUGGUCCUCGUGUACAUUUAAAGGCCACAGUAUGGAGGAGAUGAGUGAACACAUGUCUUUACAUUUGAAGGAGCAUCUUGGGGAUGCGGACACCGUGGAGGAGCUUGAUGAUUAUCAGUGUCUGUGGCAGGGCUGUGAGUUCCUGGCUAUGGGAAGUCCUAAUGAGCUGAUUGCCCAUGCACACUUCCAUAACUUCCACAGCAAACUGAAGUUCAUCGGGACUCAAUUGCUCCAGUCCCAUCCCGAGCUUCCCAGCUGCACUCAGGAUCUGCACAGCAACAACCUGGUGACGGACAUCUCCGAGGGAUUCGUGUGUCAGUGGGAACACUGUGAUAGUUCUUUUAACAAUCCAGAGUGGUUUUACCGCCAUGUGGACAUGCACGCUCACUGCACGGAGUUACAGCCACUUCCUGACCAACAGCAGGCUCUGUUCUGCAGCUGGAAAGGCUGCGACGCCUUCUUUAAGAUCAAGUACCGUCUGCGUGAGCACCUGCGCAGUCACACUCAGGAGCGUCUGGUGGCUUGUCCAACCUGUGGCUGCAUGUUCUCCAGCAACACCAAGUUCUUUGAUCACAUUCAGAGACAGGCCGAGCCAGAGGAUUCUCUUACAUGUGCCCAUUGUGACAAAGGCUUUGCUAACGAAAGACUGCUGAGAGAUCAUGUCCGGCAGCAUGUGAAUCACAUAAAGUGCCCACUCUGUGACAUGACGUGUACGUCCCUCUCCACCCUGAAGAUCCAUAUCAAAUUCCGCCAUUGUGACGAGCGCCCUUUCCCAUGCGACUUCUGUGAGAGCAGCUUCAAGAAUCAGCACGAUUUGAGGAAGCACAUGGAGACCCACAACGAAGGAGCGGCGUACCACUGUACGGUGGAGGGAUGCGGUUACUCUUCUCGCAUGGCUCACACCAUGAAACAGCAUUAUAAAAGAGUACACGAGCAGGGGAACAUGGUGUCCAGGUAUAAAUGUCAUCUGUGUGACAAGAACUUUUCAUGGUGUUACACCCUGACCCUUCAUCUGAGAAAGAAACAUCAGCUCAAAUGGCCAUCAGGACAUUCCCGCUUCAGGUAUAAAGAAGAUGAGGACGGCUACCUGCGCCUGAACAUGGUACGCUUCGAGACCGUUGAGGUAACGGAAGAGCUGAUCAAGAACAUGGCAGAAAAACGCACACCUCGGAAGCUCUCUGGUUCGAGCGCUCAGACCAAGAGACCUGCGCUACAAGCGGAGAGCAUGAAUGAUGUUUCCACACAGUCUGCCUACCCCUCCUCCUCCUCUUCCUCUUCCUCCUCGUCCUCUUCCAUGACGGUGCUUAUGAAUGACCACGACGGUGCGGUAAAGGACAGAGCACCGGUGUACUGUAUACUGAGCACAGUGACCGAGAUGAACGGGGAUCAACAGAAUACAUCAGACUCGGGGAUGGAGUCCGGGGCAGUGAGGGCGCUGGCAGCUGUGGCUCGAGGGCUGGGUAUGGAUGUAGUGUGAGGAGAAAUUACACGCACAAAACACUGCUCUACUACAUCGGUUUUAGUCUUAGUCUAACGAAGAAAAAUAUUUGGAUUUUUCUUAGCAGGUUUUUUAAUUUUAAGGCUAUUUACAUUUUCCUCUUUAAAUCGUUAUAAAUGAUUUUAUAUUAAUGUUGUGGCUAGGCUUUAUAAUAAUAUUUCCACUUGGAAAUCUCUGGUACUAAUGCUGAUUGUAGAUUCCUGUUUCUAAAACCUCCAUCUGCUUUUUACAGUCGUUUUAGCUGAUAAGUUGUAUUUUCAGCUUUUUACAGUGUUUAUUAUACACGUAAUACAAACGUUUCUGCUUUAAAGGAAAUCGAAUACGUAGUCAGUUUACGAUUUGCUGACACUGUUAUUUAUUUGUAUUUAAAUUUGUUGUAAAUGUUGUCUAAUGUUGUUUACUCGAUAUUAAUCAAGCACAAAAAAUAAACAAGUCUUUUUUUUUUUUCUUAAAAUUCUUUUAAUUUUUUCACAAAAAAAUGAUGGGCCAGUUUCCUGGUAAUGAAUUGCGUAGCGGAAGUUGGAAAAAAAAAAAAAAAAAAAAGAA